AUUAAAAUUAAAAUAAAAAUAAAAAACUUUAUCUUCUUCUUCUUCUCCUCCUCUCAUCCUCUCUCGCUCAGAAGAACUCCAAAAUGGCGAGAGUUCUAAUCUCGUCUCCAUCAUCCUUCCUCGGCUCGCCUCUGCUCAAAACCUCUCCCUCUCCCCGUUACUUAGGAGGAGGAGGAAGCGUUCAAUUUCGUAAUAAGCAUCUCAGCAGCACUACGACGGUACGGUUCAGCUUAAACGAGAUCCCUCCUCUCCACGGCUCCGUCGACAUCGGAGCGAUUCUCACCAGAGCCGAGUCUCUCCUCUACACCAUAGCCGACGCAGCCGUCGUCGGCGCUGCUGAUUCGGCAGCUCUAUCAACAACAACUGAUCCCGCCGCCGUGCAGAAGAGUGGCGGUUGGUUCGGAUUCAUCUCCGAUGGCAUGGAGUUGGUUCUUAAGUUUUUGAAGGAUGGACUUACGGCGGUUCACGUGCCGUACGCUUACGGAUUUGCGAUUAUUUUGCUUACUAUCAUCGUCAAGGCAGCUACCUAUCCUUUGACAAAGCAACAGGUUGAAUCAACGAUGGCGAUGCAAAAUCUCCAACCGAAGAUUAAAGCCAUUCAACAACGUUACGCAGGCAAUCAGGAGAGGAUACAACUAGAGACGUCACGCUUGUAUAAACAAGCUGGUGUCAAUCCAUUGGCAGGUUGCUUGCCAACUUUAGCUACCAUACCAGUUUGGAUUGGUUUAUACCAAGCUCUCUCCAACGUGGCCAACGAGGGACUGUUUACAGAAGGUUUCUUUUGGAUUCCAUCUCUUGGUGGACCAACAAGUAUAGCUGCUCGCCAGAGUGGAUCUGGCGUCUCAUGGCUUUUCCCUUUCGUGGACGGGCAUCCACCAUUAGGAUGGGGUGACACCGCCGCGUAUCUUGUCUUGCCUGUUCUCCUUAUUGUCUCCCAGUAUGUGUCAAUGGAGAUUAUGAAGCCUCCUCAAACAGACGAUCCUGCGCAGAAGAACACACUUCUCGUUUUCAAGUUUCUUCCCCUCAUGAUUGGCUACUUUGCAUUGUCUGUCCCAUCAGGAUUAUCUAUAUACUGGUUCACAAACAAUGUACUUAGCACCGCCCAACAAGUUUGGCUGCGUAAACUAGGUGGCGCAGCGCCUGCAGUCAAUGAAAACGCAAGCGGAAUAAUAACUGCGGGACGGGCAAAGAGAUCUAUUGCUCAGCCUGAUGAUGCUGGCGAGAGAUUUAGACAAUUAAAAGAGCAAGAGAAGCGCAGCAAGAAGAACAAGGCCGUUGCGAAAGAUACAGUUGAACUCCUAGAAUCUCAGUCUGAAUCAGAAGAAGGGUCGGACGAUGAGGAAGAAGAGGUUCGUGAAGGAGCGUUAGCUUCGAGCACAAGCAAGCCAUUGCCUGACGUUGGCCAAAGGAGAAGCAAAAGAUCGAAGCGAAAACGCACUGUAUAGAAAACUUAAAACAAAACAAAGACAAUUGUGAGGGAGGUUUGGAGUCUGUCCUUUAGUUUGAUCUUUGAUAUAUUUUUGCAUAUACCAAAGUCCUGCAAUACCUAAACGUUUGUAAAAUUAAGGCAAAGAGGUCAUUCUAAAGUUAAAUGCUUUUGUUGAUCAAAGUAAAUCGAUUGUAUUCCUUCUGUGA